AUGGCGGAUCCAAACGCAGCAGCGCCGGGCAGCGACUCCGACAAUGACCUGUACGGCGACGACUAUCUUGAUUAUCUCCUCCUGGACCCCAACCCCAGCCUCGAGGAUGACCUGCCGCCGCUCGACCUGCAACUCGCCGUGAAGUCCGACGAGAAAGCCCCUCUGCCAGACAAUGGGAUCGGGGACCUGGACCCAUUUGACGAUCCCGCCGUUUGGCACAUGCUUAGUGGACAGCAUGCUAACGGGAACAAUGGGGCCGGUUCGGUCCAUGCGGGUCCCUCAAGGACGAGCAAUGGCGGCGCAGAGGAUUGCUACUAUCCACAACCGGAGGAUUGGAACUAUUUCGUGCCAAGGCCGCUUGCGGAUUGGCCAGCGUCGCCGCUUCCGUACAAUUGCAGUUGUUGUCACGUGCUUAGAGAGAUCAUUCAUACUCAUGGUGCGUUCGAUAAUUCUUCCGAUACAGUAGAAACUUCUCUUGCUGAUUAUUUUUGCAAGAAAAGUAUACAGAAUGUGAAGGAUUUUCUGCAGCAAUACUGCGAGGGAAGGAGACUGGCUGGCUACAUCAUGUACCAGGACCCGCUCGCCAUGUUCUACGAAGCUGUGUGCGUAGGAAUAGACUUCAAUGGCAGCGUAAACGCUGAUUAUUUCUUUCAACAACCUCUGACUCCGAUUCCGGCUCCAACUCCGACUGUUUCAGAGAAUCCUGGGCAAACGGACAAGCCAAAACCUAACAAACGACAGGCGAAGUCUCCUAAAACCGGGCUUGCAGCACAGAGGGAAAGAGCGGGAAAGAUGACGCUGGCAGAUGUCGGCGGUUACUUUCAUCUUCCGAUUGAAAAGGCUUCUAAAAGAUUGCGUUUGUGUCCUACUGUUGUCAAGAAAAUUUGCCGGAAAGGUGGAGUGGGACGGUGGCCUUAUAGAAAGGUUCAGUGUAUGGAGAAAAAGAUCUUGGACUUAAGGGAGCGGCUAAAGGGAGAAGAUGAACCGAAAAGGAGUCGCACACAAGCAGAAAUCCAGGAAUGGCAACGGAAAUUGGACAAGAUCCGCUACGGAGUUGCUAGAACGGAAUAG